UAAACAUUCUAUGAAACCAAGGGCCCCUUACAUGGUCGUUAUCAUAAACAAUAAUGGCUGAAGGAAAUCCAUCGAAGAAAGCAAAACUUGUCUAUGGAAAUUCGGGAGAGUUUGCGGAAGACGAUGAAGUGACGUUUACUUUUCCCAGAGAGGACAACAAACAGUUGUUCUUCUCCAUAUGUAUUUUAUCAAGAUGUUAACCUGUGUUUAAGGCGAUGUUUGAAGAUGAUUUUAAGGAAAAGAAGGAUAAGAACGUUAACAUUAAGGACAUUAAGAGGGCUGAUUUUAUGCAGUUCUUAUACGUGUGUGAUCCAAUGGUGAUUGAACAUCCAACAGAUCAAAAUGUGUUCCAGGUGGUGGAAAUCGCUGAAAAGUACCAGCAUGAGUCCAUGAUAAAAAAGUGCAGAUCAAUAAUGAGUGAAAAUAUAUUGCGUAGCUACAAUGUUAAAGCAAAUGAAGCUAUUGAUGUGUUGUCAUUGGCUGAGAAGUAUGGCUACAAAGAGUUAUUGCAAGAAGCCGAGGGCUGUUUGUUAGAAUGUGAAUUUAAUUAUCUUCUUAACACGGAGCAUUUUGAAAAGUUGCCGUUAGACUUCAAAUAUCAAAUUCUGUCAAAACGUGUGCUAAAAUAUAAUAAAGAAAGGGUAUCCAAGCCUUCAUUUAGCAGUAAGAUGGUUUAGGUGUAAACAAACGAUUUUACGAUUAUUGAUGACUUUGAUGUCCAGUUUUUUUUUAAUUAUAAUGAACACAUACCAGCCCAUAAUGAUUGAUGUUUUAUCAGUGGUUACAGAUGUCAGAACCUUUAGGUUAUUGAAAUAGGGAAAUAACUGUCCACAAACCUGAACUAUUUCGUUGU